UCUCUCCUUCCACUUUGUUCGCCAACAUGCUGCAGGACUGCUCGCAUUGUUGGCCAGACUGAUUGGGGUUUCAGCACAAUCUCCCGUGACCAAUGAGCGGGGUGCUGUCAGGGGUAACCACAUCUGUCAGGCGUUCUCGGCCAAUAAAGAGCGGAGCGAGGCGGACCACAGGUGCGCGCCUCUGCGUCCCCUUGGCACAGCGCCCGGGAGAUGCUGGAGAGAGACGCCUAUAGCUGCCCCGUGGCGCAAAGAGAGUUCCUGUCAGAGGCAGCCUCCCUCUUUAACUCCGGCUACCACUCUGGCUCCGAGAGAGUUUAUGGCGACCGCAGCGUCAAACCACUACAGCGUCCUCAGCACCCCCAGCAGCGCGCCGCCGCCGCCGCCGCACUCGGAGUCCGGGAGCAUGCAGCAGGCGGCAGCGUACAGGGACGCGCACACCCUGCUCCAGAACGACUACGGCACGCUACCGGGCGGUGGGCAUCCGCUCAGCCACGCGCACCAGUGGAUAACGGCGCUCUCUCACGGUGACAGCGGGACGCCGUGGCCGUCCAGUCCCCUCCGAGAACAGGACGUGAAGCCCAUACUGCAUGACAGUGACCGAGAGGAGCUGCAGAACUCCAGCAGCCUGCAGCAGCAGCAACAGCAGCAGCAACAGCAACAGCGACACCCUCACCUAGCGCACCAGCAGGCGCAUCACGACGCCAGAGCAUGGCGAACCAGCACGGCCACGACGCACAUCACCGGCAUGGCGACAUCUGAGGGACAGAGCCUGGUGUACACCCAGUCCGGCUUCGCUCUGAUGCCAGGGGGAGAGCAGGGGGGGAUGCACCACCACCCUCUGCGGGACGAAGACCACCACAGCCACAGCCCGCACCUCAGUGAGCACGGGGGCGGCCCCGGGGCCCACCACCACCACCAGCAGCACGGGGGCCACCAGGACCAGUCGGACGAGGACACGCCGACCUCGGAUGAGCUGGAGCAGUUCGCCAAGCAGUUCAAGCAGCGGCGUAUCAAGCUGGGCUUCACGCAGGCGGACGUGGGGCUGGCCCUGGGGACGCUCUACGGGAACGUGUUCUCUCAGACCACCAUCUGCAGGUUCGAGGCGCUGCAGCUCAGCUUCAAGAACAUGUGCAAACUCAAGCCGCUGCUGAACAAGUGGCUGGAGGAGGCGGACUCCACGUCGGGGAGUCCCACAAGCCUAGAUAAGAUCGCGGCGCAGGGGAGGAAAAGGAAAAAGCGGACCUCCAUCGAGGUGGGCGUCAAGGGCGCUCUGGAGAGCCAUUUUCUGAAAUGCCCCAAGCCGGGAGCGGCGGAGAUCAACUCCCUGGCGGACAGCCUGCAGCUGGAGAAGGAGGUGGUGAGGGUCUGGUUCUGUAACCGGCGGCAGAAGGAGAAGAGGAUGACCCCCGCUGGGGGACAGAUAUCAGGAGGGGAGGACAUGUACGGGGACACCCCUCCUCACCACGGAGGACAGACUCCUGUGCAGUGACCCCUGUCCAGUACUUUCUUCUCUUUUUUUUUUUUUUUUUACUAUCAUUAUUAUUAUUUUUUUUUUCGGGGGAAAAAUACGAACCUCUGCAGGAGGAAGCUUCUUAUUUGUUAAAAUUCCCAAUGCUGGAACUGGACCUCAGCCAGUUUUAAGUGUUGGACGGACGCAGGGAUGCAGAGUGGCACCCCGGUGCUAAAAAAAAAAACACUCAGAGCAGAGAUGUGUAGAAUGGCUUCAUGCCAGGCACAUUGAGCUGGGGUGUGCUAACCAAAAUAGGGGAGAAGAGAGGAAGAAAAAAAAUAAAAGAUGGGGGGAGAAAGCAGCGACAUUUUCUGCAUCUGUCUUAAAGAAAGGCAGGAGGAGGAAAACUAUAGGAGCAGGCUGCAGUCGGUGUGGGUAAAUAAACGCCAUCUUUCCAUCAUAACAAAAGCGACAGGGAUCCUGCAGCUUGUGGUAAAAGACAGGGCUGAAAUGGCAGACAAAUGCUGUAGCCCACAAUACCAGCCAACCGUUUAUUAUUAUUAUUAUUAUUAUUAUUAUUAUUAUUAUUAUUAUUAUUAUUAUUAUUUCAUUUAUGUUCUUAUUUAUAAUGUCUCGUUAAAAUAAUAUGUCAAUUUAUAAAUGUUGAAA